UCCGAAGAUUUGUUCAUUCAAGAAAAUGCGGCUUGCAUCAGACAGCAUGGCAGCCGAAGACGAAGCAAAAGAAGUGAAAAAUCUUCAACCACACUUAUCUAAACAAGAUUUGAAGACUUUACAAAUCGAAAAGCUAACACCACUGACACUUGAUGUGAUCAGUCGUCAAGCUACAAUCAAUAUAGGCACUAUUGGUCAUGUGGCCCAUGGAAAAUCAACAGUAGUAAAAGCCAUAUCUGGUGUACAGACUGUUCGAUUCAAGAAUGAAUUGGAAAGAAAUAUCACAAUUAAAUUGGGAUAUGCCAAUGCUAAGAUUUACAAAUGUGACAACAAUGCUUGUCCCCGCCCAGGCUGCUACAGGUCAUGUGGCAGCUCAAAGGAAGAUGUUUUCCCUUGUGACAGAUUAGGAUGUCCUGGAAAAUUCAAAGUUUUGAGACAUGUAUCAUUUGUGGAUUGCCCUGGUCACGACAUUCUUAUGGCUACCAUGUUGAACGGAGCAGCUGUCAUGGAUGCUGCUCUUCUUUUAAUUGCUGGAAAUGAAUCGUGUCCCCAACCCCAAACCUCGGAACAUUUGGCAGCUGUUGAAAUCAUGAAGUUAAAACACAUCCUUAUUUUACAAAACAAGAUCGAUCUGGUGAAAGAAAGUCAAGCUAAGGAACAGUAUGAACAGAUUCUAUCAUUUGUCAAAGGUACGAUAGCAGAGGGUGCACCAAUCAUACCCAUAUCAGCCCAGCUGAAGUACAACAUAGAUGUUAUCUGUGAAUAUAUUGUUAAAAAGAUUCCUGUGCCUCUCCGAGACUUCACAUCAGAGCCCAGACUUAUAGUUAUCCGAUCAUUUGAUGUCAACAAACCAGGAAGUGAGGUUGAUGAUCUAAAAGGAGGCGUGGCAGGUGGAAGUAUCCUGAAAGGAGUCCUCAAGGUUGGCCAGGAGAUUGAAGUCCGACCCGGAACUGUGUCUAAAGAUCAGGAUGGAAAACUAACGUGUACACCUAUAUUCUCUAGAAUUUUGUCAUGUUUUGCAGAGCAGAAUGACCUUCAGUAUGCUGUACCUGGUGGAUUGAUCGGUGUUGGCACAAAGAUUGACCCCAUGUUGUGCCGAGCUGACCGUAUGGUUGGAUGUGUACUAGGAGCAGUUGGUGCCCUGCCAGACAUCUACACAGAACUCACCAUCUCCUUCUUUUUGUUGAGACGUUUGUUGGGAGUGAAAAUGGAGGGGGACAAGAAGGGGGCAAAGGUGCAAAAGUUGUCGAAGAAUGAGAUUUUGAUGGUAAACAUUGGUUCAUUGUCAACGGGUGGCAGAGUGCUGGCUGUGAAAGCUGAUUUGGCUAAGAUUGGAUUAACUAACCCUGUUUGUACAGAAAUAGGAGAGAAAAUCGCUCUCAGCAGAAGAGUGGAAAAACACUGGAGGUUGAUUGGCUGGGGUCAGAUUCGACAGGGUGUCAAGGUCACACCACAGAAGUCCUAGAUGGUUACGACUACACAAUAUGAAAAUGAGGACAUUCUUAUUAAUUGAAAUGAUGCUGAAAAAAACGCCCUGUGAUCCAAAAGGAUGGUGCAUACUCAUGGAUACUUCUAUACGAGUGAAGUCUAAGCAUGACCAGCAUACUCAUACACCAUUCAUAAAGGAUCCAUAUUGUUGUAUGACUGUGUAUCAGUAGAAACACAUAAAUUCAAUAAGUGAUUAUGUAACACCACCAUUCAUGGAGGAGUCCGCAAUGAAUCAAAGGUUCAUAUGCGUAAUAUCCAAACUGAUAAACUGCAGUUGCAUGCAAUCUUAGAUUAAAUUUGCCCUUACUGAACUCUUAGAAAACAUUGUGGAUUCAUGUGACCUAUUUACAUUGGCAGAUUUUUCCUUUUAAACCUGAGGCAACUGCAUUAUUGAAUCAAAUUUUCUCUGAGGUGGGACCUUCUUGUUUUAAAUAUCUUAUGUGCAAAUUAAUUGAUAUUGCUAUUAAACUUGUAGAAUUAUAACUGUAUUGUAAACUUUGAGAUGAAUUUUCGAAUGAUCAUACAUGUAGAACUAUUACUGUAUUACUUUCUGUUCAAGACACAUUUUUAGAGCAUAAAAGUGCUAUCAAAACAACAGAAAAAUGUUAAGUUCAUAAAAGCAACAUGCCCAGUAACUCCAGGGAAAACAAUAAAUAAUUUAUUAUCCAUGC